AUGUCCGUGUCAGUUGUUGUUUUGGAAGCGCCUCCGUCACAGUUUGACAAGCCAGACUCCGUUGCGAAAACGGCAAGCACGUGGCAGUACACCUUCGUUCCUUCCUCGCGGGCAUGUUGGCGACGUUGGCAGCAAACAACGAUGAACAAUCAGACUCAUCUCAGCGAGACACGGCAAAACGUUCGAGCCACGACAUCAUUCCGACAUGAAAUGCAUUGUGUACCCAUGGAUUCAUGCUAUAUCGUUGCGACCAGUUCAAUGCGUUGA